UCACCCACUCCAUUAUUUCUUACAGACAGACAUUCAUAUAUAUAUAUAUAGAGAGAGAAAGAGAGAGAGAGAGAGAGAGAUGACGAAGGACGAUGUCUCCAAGGGAAGAGUGUGCGUGACGGGAGGAACUGGUUUUCUGGGUUCAUGGACGAUAAAGAAGCUUCUAGAAGAUGGCUACACCGUCAACGCUACCGUCAGGAUUGAUCCCGAACGCAAGAGGGACAUUAGCUACCUAACCAAUCUUCCCGGCGCGUCCGCAAGAUUGCAUAUCUUCAACGCUAACCUCGACGAUCCCAAGAGCUUCGCCACCGCAAUAGAAGGGUGCGACGGCGUGUUCCACAUGGCUCAUCCAUUGGACUUCGAGGAAAAAGAGUCGGAAGAAGUGAAGCUCAAGAGAGUGACCGAGGGGCUACGAGGCAUCUUACAAACAUGCGCCGAUGCCAAAACCGUGAGGCGUGUGGUCUACACGGCGAGCAUAUCGAGUGCUUGUUUUGGUAACAAGAAUGAGGACGGUCUCGUCGAUGAAACUUGUUGGACCGAUGUGGAAUUAAUUCGAAAAUUGAAGCCGUUUGGAGGCCCCUACAUCGUUACUAAGACAUUGGCCGAGCAAGCCGCAAUAGACUUGGCCGAGAAGCUCGGAAUUGAUCUCGUCUCUAUCGCUCCUACUUGGGUUCACGGUCCCUUUCUUACCCCCAGUUGCCCUGACUCCGUGUAUAUUUUCAUGUCCCUGAUUUUAGGCGACAAUAAAUUUUUCGCGCACCUUAAAGAUACGAGUCUAGUGCAUGUGGACGAUGUCGCUAGAGCGCAUAUACACCUCUUCGAGAACCCGGAGGCAAAAGGUCGAUACAUUUGCUCGGCUAUUGAACUCACAAUACAAGAGUUGGUCGACUUCAUUUCUUCAAGAUAUCCCGAAUACAAGAUGCCAAUUGAGGAUUCUUGGAAAGAUGUGGCGAUGUUUAAAAUAUCGGGACUUUCAAGUGAGAAGCUCAAGAAAAUCGGGUUCGAGUAUAAGUAUGGGAUCGAGGAAAUGUACGAUGGGGGGAUAAAGAGCUGCAAAGAGAAGGGGAUUCUCUAGUUAAUUUAUGAUCGAACGUUUGGAUUUGUGGGGUUUUCGACAUUGCAAGAAUUCUAGAGUUUGAUCAUGUCUUAGGUUUGCCAUGUUUUGUUAAAUUCCAAGUUGCUUUUUUUUAGUAAUGUAAUGGUGGACUUCAAGUCCCGGACCUCUAUCCAAUUGAUUGAAUAAAUGGAAGAUAUGUUUUGUG